AUGCAGGCUGCUGCCUUUCCUGCCCAUACAUGGAAGGUUGAGGACCACAGUGAUCCGCACUGUACUGCUAAUUACGGGGUUGCUAGUGGUCAUCGCCUUUACUGUAACGGACCAGGAACGGUCAAACAUCGAAUUAUAGUCUCCUUCCCACGCAGUUUCGGGGGGUGGAUGGGAUAUAUGACAGUUGAGAUAGCACUCUGCCUAUCUCUGGGAGCGGAUGAGAAUGUAGGGAGCCGAGAAGGGGCCAAUGACAACUUUGAGUCGAUGGAUAUGGUGAGGAGAAUAGAUAAAAGACAUCAAGAUAUCAAUCGAGGAGGUUCUGAAGGAUCGCCUCUGAAGAAAAGGGCUUUUGAGGGAACGCCACAGCCCCUGAAUUCGUCGCUAAGCCUGCAAGCCACACGCUUAAAAUACACCGCCACCGCCAAACCCCGAGGAAGACGAGAGCUCAAUUUCCACAACGCACUUUCCUUCUCAUCAGCUUCACAGAGCAAUUUGCGAGGCGAGGAUGACUUGGGCUGA